AUGGAUUGUGCUCUGAGAACUCAUAAUCCCCCCGUAGCAAUACAAAAUUCUCUGAUUUAUCUCAAGCCUCUAGCGAAAGUUAGGGUUUUUACGGUCAAGUGCUCCACUUCUUCGGCAGCUCCUUCUUCAGGAGUGGUAGAGAGGCCGUGGAAGGUGGCAGAUGCCCGACUUGUCCUUGAGGAUGGUUCAAUAUGGAGGGCAAAAUCAUUUGGUGCUUCUGGGACCCAAGUUGGCGAAGUGGUUUUCAAUACAUCUUUAACAGGGUAUCAGGAAAUCCUUACAGACCCUAGUUAUGCUGGCCAAUUUGUCUUGAUGACAAAUCCCCACAUUGGCAACACUGGUGUGAAUUAUGAUGACGAAGAAUCUAGACAAUGCUUUCUAGCAGGUUUAGUAAUUAGAAGUUUGAGUAUAAGUACCUCAAAUUGGAGAUGCACAGAGACGCUUGGUGACUACUUGGCUUCUAGGAAUAUAAUGGGAAUAUAUGAUGUUGACACUCGUGCCAUUACUCGGAGAUUGAGGGAAGAUGGAAGCCUUAUUGGUGUUCUAACAACGGAGGAACAUAAAACAGAUGAGGAACUUCUGGAAAUGUCUCGCACAUGGGACAUUGUCGGAGUGGAUUUAAUUAGUGGUGUUUCCUGUAAGGCCCCUUAUGAAUGGGUUGAUAAAACUCGCUCAACAUGGGAUUUUAACAUUAAUGGAAGAAGCCAAGAAACUUACAACGUGGUUGCAUAUGAUUUUGGUAUCAAGCAAAAUAUUCUAAGGAGAUUAGCAUCCUAUGGCUGUAAAAUCACUGUUGUUCCUUCAACAUGGCCUGCAGCUGAAACUUUGAAGAUGAAACCUGAUGGGGUCCUUUUCAGCAAUGGUCCAGGGGACCCCUCUGCAGUUCCUUAUGCUGUUGAAACGGUAAAAGAAAUAAUUGGAAAGGUUCCUGUCUUUGGCAUUUGUAUGGGCCAUCAGUUGCUUGGUCAAGCUUUGGGGGGUAGAACAUUUAAAAUGAAGUUUGGUCACCAUGGUGGGAAUCAUCCAGUUCGUAACCUUCGCAAUGGCAGUGUUGAGAUUAGUGCCCAGAAUCACAAUUACGCUGUUGAUCCCAAGUCACUUCCUGAAGGUGUAGAGGUAACUCAUAUCAAUUUGAAUGAUGGAAGCUGUGCUGGUCUUGCCUUCCCCCAACAAAAGUUGAUGGCACUGCAAUACCAUCCUGAGGCAUCUCCCGGGCCUCAUGAUUCAGAUAAUGUAUUUGGGGAGUUUGUACAACUAAUGAAGAAAGAAAGAGGAAAGGCAUGAGUAAUGCCAUCUUAGCAGAGGAGCAGAGAUUAUUUUAUCUAUGCUAGCAAAGGAACAACUGCCCCAACCUGCAGAUGAAGAAGAUAUCAGUGUAUGCCCCCAACAUUUAAUUUGUGUAACAUUUUAAUAUCCAAUUUCCUAUAUUAUGUUGUGUUCUAUCAAAUUAUUAGGUUGAAACUCUGAAUACUUGCAUUAGGCUAUUCACAUACUCUAACUUUUAAAUUAUAAAUUUUGCAAGGUUCAAACAA